CAGUUUCCCGGCUGUAUCCACGAAGAACUAGGCUCUGGAUGUGAAUCACUGUUAUCGUGAAGAGCAACUUCUACUUAUUGUUUUCUUGCGUUGCAAUGGACUUACGGCUGCUAGUUACUAUACAGUAGACUCGGGAAGUUACUCGCAUGCAUAUCUCUGAAUACCCAAGGGCGGGGCAACUCCGAUCACUCCUCUGCGCGUCAUUUCUGCUGCUGCAAGCUGCAUUUGGAGCAUGUCCAAGGGUCCUCGUCUUCUGGAAGCUCUGAAAGCCCAGCACAAUCGUAGUGAUACCACCGCCAACAGUGUUCACAACCCACCCAAUCUUCUUGCCUCUCAUUGCUGUCGUUGUCGAACAAUCCUCCGCAUCCCUGGCACUUGUUUUCAUCUCUUUCUUCUGUUACUGCAGUUUUUCGUUUGCCUUGGCGUGCAGGUUGCUUUCCUUUUUUUGCUUUUGCCAGUCUUUGCUGUUUUCUUUCAUCUUGUGCUUUUAUUCUAGAGUACGCCUCAUGACUUGUUAUGACUUCUCCAUAGUAUGCCAAGUCUACACGAGCAGAUGGCUUUGGCUGUGGUGGUGGAAUAGGCGUUCUUGUUUUCUGGAACAACUUGGAGAAGUGGUGUCUAAGCUGAAGUUUGAUUGCAGGAGUGGUAGCUGCUGUCGGAGAACGAGGGCUCUUGCAUGGUGUUCGUGUAGUAACGGCAUCUGCUGGACUAAUUUUUGCUUGAGGAAUGGCUGCAGCUGAUGGCUUUGGAUAUAAACCAGCUCCUCGAAAUGCACCUUGAAAUUGGUGUGGUUUCAUGGAUGUGUCUGUCAGCUGUUUUAGUAAUUUGGGAAAAAUUGUUUUACGGACACCUUGUCCCCUUGUUCUUCGUUUGUAGUCGAUCAGAAUUUUCUGCCAAUUUUUCUUCAUGGGAGCAAACACGCCUACAUCCAGAGGUUGUAAUGCGUGCGUGGUAUUUGGAGGCAGGGUUACGAGAAUGAUGUUGUAUUUUCUUGCCACAUUGAUGACAUCCAAGUUGAUGUGUGAAUAGUGUCCAUCGAAAAACAAGAUCACGCUGGGGCUAGUAUCAUCUGUGAAGUCUGAGUCAUCACUACUGUCACUGACAAGACUUGGUUCUGUUGUCGUCAGUGUAGUAGAUGGCUCUUCAUUUUCUGCAAUCAGUUUCAUCUUCUUGAGCACUGGUAUGAAGCCUUUUACAAACCAGCUGUAAAAGUUUUGUUUUUCCAUCCACCCGCUGGCUGAUACUCCAUACAUUGCUUCAGUAGGGCCACUAAGGGUCCAGGUAUGAUACAAGUGCUGAGCUUUAUAUAGAAUAUAGGGAGGGAUUUUGUCUCCAUUGGUAUUUCCACCCCAAUGGACAGUAAUGUAUUCACGUCCACUCCCUGCCAUGGUCUCAUAUACAGACUUAGCUCCUCUCCUAGCUAGGACCAUUCUAGAUGAGGAGGCUGUAGCAAAAGCGGUUUCAUCACAGUUCCAAAUUCUUUUGGACAGCUCUUUCUUACUCAGUUUAAACAACCCAGCCUUCCUGUAGAUCUUCUCGACAAAUUUCAUCCAACCCUCAAUUCUCUCUUUGGUCAAUGCCUUAGCACGUUUCUUUGACAGAUGUUGUGGUUUCCUUUGACUCAGUGCACUCUUCCGUCGCUUAAAGAAGCCAACAAACCAGUCAGGACCAGGUAAAUCAUCAGGAAAAGGAUUUUCUCUAGCAUUUGCUCUAAGGUAAUCUGAGAUGACGUUGCUGAGACUUGAUCUAUCAAGGGGAAACCCCAUCUCUUGCAGCACAAUGCAACAUUGCACUAUUUCUCUCUCUUCCUGGUAAGUCAAGACUGUUGGCCGUCCACCGUAUUGCGUUUUACUGACUCCCUUGUGAUGAUCGCGAAGGGUUGAGUAGGGAAUGCCGUACACAGCUGCCGUCUUCCUUAUGCUGUCCUGGUUUUCAGCAAGAUCUUGCAGUGCCUUUCUCAGGGCUUCGUCAGAGAACUUGUUCUUAAUUCCUUUAGGUUGAUAAUGUCGUACCAUUAUUGCAAAGUAAACGAAUAAAGCAGAUCAGAACGCAAGCGAAGUAAGUCUACGACUGUGACAAUGUGAUCGAAUUUUGGACUCUAAAGGAAGGGCAACGGUGCGUUUUGUCUGCAUCAACGUAUUUAGUGGUAGAGUGGGUUGCACAAAAUAGCAUUUAGUCUUUUGGAUUGUCUCUAACAAGAAAGUUUUUGGACCGCAAGUUCCGCUACCUAGGUCGUUCUCACAACAAACAAGCCGUUUGAGACACAACGGCAAGGACUUAGUGGUUAUGUCACUGCCUGCUAAAACCACGAAGGGUCGUCUACUUACGUGCUGUAAUGGGAAAGGCGUACGGUUUUCUCAUCAACAACGCUGAGCGGUUUACUGUCACGUGAUUGGAGUUACCCCGUGAUCGGAGUUACCCCGUAUUACCUUAUAGAUAGUCGCACGGAACGCCCACAAGAUGUCACGUCUAGCUGUGGUUACAGGUGCGAACAAGGGGAUUGGUUUUGCUAUUGUCAAACGAUUGUGCAAGGAGUUCCAAGGAGAUGUCCUACUUACAGCUAGAGAUCAAGAGCGAGGUGAGAAGGCUUACCAAGAAAUACAACAACAAGGAUGCAGCAACAUUAGGUUUCAUGCCCUUGAUGUCAGCGACACAUCAAGCAUCGACCAGCUGAAGACAUUUAUUGAGACCAAGUAUGGAGGUCUAGAUGUACUCGUCAACAAUGCUGGCAUUAUGUUUGGGCGGAGUUCAAAUGCAUCUUUUGCUGAGCAAGCUCGUGAAACAGUUAAAGUGAAUUUCACAGGCACGUUAAAUGUAAGCCAAUCUCUGUUACCUCUUCUUCGACCUCAUGCCAGAGUGGUGAAUGUUGGAUCUCAACUGGGAAAGCUAAAAAAUUUGAGUUUAGAUCUUCAAGCAAAGUUCUCAUCUGAUGAUUUAACAGUUGAAGAUCUUGUGUCUAUUAUGAAUCAGUUUGUAAGUGCGGCUGAAACAGGAAGCCACACUAGCAGUGGUUGGCCAAAUUCAGCAUACGGGGUGUCCAAAGUUGGUAUGAUGGCUCUCACUAGAAUUCAAAGUAGAGAAUUGGCAAAAAGUGGAAAGGAAGACAUACUAGUCAAUUUGUGUUGUCCUGGUUGGGUGCAGAGUGAUAUGGGAGGAGCAAAAGCACAUUUAUCUGUGGAUGAAGGUGCUGAUACCCCAGUAUUUCUUGCUCUUUUGCCACCAGGCAGCCCGUGUGGACAAUUUUUCUUCAAGAGAGAAGUUAUUCAGUGGUGAUAUUAUUAGCCCAGUAUGUGAUGUCAGUGAUGGUAUUAGACUUCUUUCUAUGACUACGAGUGUACUUUUUGUCAAAUACCUGGUACUUUAUCUAGAAACUUUUUGUCAAGUAAUGCAUGCAUCUUCAUCAGUGCAUUACAUGUUCUUGUCUGACGUCAACUUGAUUACUUUUCUGACGUCAACUUGAUUACUUUGACCUUGUAUUGAUGAUCAGUAUCAAAUACUGUGGGCAGAAAUUGCAUACUUGUUAGUAUGGCUGUGUUAUG